AUUUUAUAGAAAAUUCCAUGUCAGUUUUACUACACACUGCAUUAUUAUUAUUAUUACUUUGUGUUAUUAAUUUGGUUUGGAUUCUUAACUUUAAAAUUGAUUAAAUCUUCUGACAAUGCCGCUUAAAAGUGAAUCCUUGUUGGUUUACUUCUUUGGCGUGGCCACCAUGGGUCUUGUGAUGAGCAUGAUCUGCGUAGUGGUUCCCCAAGUGCGUCUCUAUCUGGCGAAGAUUUACAAGGUCUAUGCGGAUUACACGCCCAUUAUUUAUCCAAGUGAUGAUCAAUUGACACCCGUUUCCAAGAGCCGACUUAAUCUGGUGGGCAAAAAGACCCUAGUUCUGGACAUGGAUGAGACCCUGAUGACAUCGUGGAUGAAGAAACAUGGCAAGGAGCCGAAGAAUCGGCCAACUAUUCCACAUGACUUUAAGUUCUACUUGCCGGAAUAUGGGGCCACCGUCUUUGUCUACAAGCGACCCUAUUUGGAUCACUUUCUGGACCGCGUGUCCAAGUGGUACGACCUGACUGUUUUUACUGCUGGAGUCGAGGCCUAUGCCUCACCGAUUCUGGAUUUUUUGGACAGGGGACGUGGCAUUCUGACGAAGCGCCUGUACCGCCACGACUGCAUCGAUGUUUUUGGUCUUAGAGCCAAGUACGUAACGCUGGCCUCCCCAGAUCUGUCCAAUGUCCUACUUUUGGAUAACUCAAGCACCGAAUGCAGUUUCAAUGCUGGAAACUCCAUUCACAUCAAGUCCUAUCAAAUUGGCAGUCGUGAUGAGGCCCUCAUCGAUUUGCUACCUUUUCUGGAUGCCCUGCGCUUUACCAAAGAUGUACGAUCGGUCCUACAAAGAUGCACCCGAUUCGAGGGUCUCACCACAUUUCUAGAAAGUGUCACUCAGUGAGAUCCCAAACAAUUUAUUCAAGUUUUAUUUUUGGUUUAUUUGUGUUUGUGUUUUGUUAAAUUUUAAAGCAUUGAAUCAGCGACUUAUCAAUUUGGACAUUCAUCGGAGG